AUGGCAAUCAAGAUGGUUGACAGGGUAUCAAACAGCCCCUCACGCAUCCCCAUUCCAGUGUCCUGCCAGCUCCACAAGAGUGCAGCAAGCCGCAAUGGCAAGGUGCACCGGCCCUCUGAUGUACGCAGCCAACACAACGACAACUAUGUGAAGGCCAUGUGCUUUGAGAACGGUAUUGUUGAUACCGUUGCACAGCACAAAUCCAACACAGUCCCAAAAGAGUCAUCUCUGGAAGGAGCACCUGCUGAAUCUCCAAGCAAAGGAUCUGGUUUUGAGACAUUUGUCAUGACAGGUGACAUGAUCAUCAAGACAACUGCCCUACACAAGUCCCCCAAAAAGAUGGACAGUCACAAGAAGGUGCCUUAUAAUGUGUCCGUUGAUGGCAGCAACGAUGAUGACGAAGCAGACAUCUGUCUCAUCUCUGCAGAGUUCAAUCGUAUAGCAGCAGAGAAAAAAACAUAUGAAAAUAAGAGAGUAGGCGCGCCACGACACCACUCUUUUAGUGGACCAGACAACCCUAAACCAGUCCAUACUCCUCUUGGACGAGUAGAGUCCGCUCCAGCUGACAACAGAAAUGAUGGAAAUAUAAACUGGCCAUCACCCCCUCUCUCUAUGUCUAGUCCUCCAAUUGCUAGUCCAGAGGAGUUUGUUCCAUCUCUUCGACAGACACCCUCCAGUUCAAUGGAAUCUUGGGACCCAACUGAGCUCCAUCCUUUGGAUCCUGCUAGUCACCAUGCUCAGCUGUCCACCAUGAAGGAAAGUUCCAAACACAGUCUGUCCAACAGUGAUUCUGAACACAGUCCUGAGGUGGUAGAAUCUUCAGAUGAAAAAAGUAGUACAAUGGCAUCAUCUUCCUCAGACAAUGAAGUCAAAUCCAGUAUAGUCACCAGCAAGAGUGCUGAGAAAAUUGUGCCUGGAACACGAGGGGGUCACUCUUUAGUCCGUACUAGUAAAAGUCAUGAGAACUAUUUACAAUCAGGAAAUGAUGUCAUGUUGGUGAGCAUUGACAUAGAUGAUGAUAACUUGGCUUAUUCUUUAGAUACUUUAGCAUAUCAGAGCUCUGGUUCCUCGUUGGAGAAACUAGGUGAUAAGGAUGGACUGGUGCCUGUUUCUAGGAGUCUGCAGAGUUCACCGGAACGGAAAAUGUCAGAAAAAUCCGACCGUGUCUUUAUGCCAGGCUUCAUAAGCUUGGAUGAGCCACGAGCUAUUAAAUCCAAAGGAAAGGAGACAAAAACAAAAGAUAUGGAUUCCACUUGUUGUAGAGUGGAACCAUGUGUCGACGGUGCUAGUGACUCGGACAUUCCAGCAGCAAGAAUGACUCAGGACGGUGGAGCUCCUUCCAGUCUUCUAGAACCACAGUCACCAGUCUCUUCGGAGGCAAGUGAGGGUAAGGGAGAUGCACCUACAUCAAAUAUUGUUGCAUCUAUACUCAACUCUCGUAUUGGAGUCGAGAGUGCUGAAGAAGGCUGUCCUGACAUAGUAGAUGGCAAGCCAGACUUUAUAACUAGUCUUAGGGAAACUGUUGAGCCAGACUCUGAAUUUUCAGAUUCUGACAGUGUGUAUCACCAACCAUUUAAAAGUGUGGACAGGCCCUCAGCAGCACGGUUGGCCAAAAGACUUUACAAUUUGGAUGGGUUUCGUAAAUCUGAUGUUGCAAGACACCUUUGUAAAAAGUAA